AUGAAUCUUAUAUUACGAGUUCUUUUAUUCGUACCGGUAAUAUUAGCCUAUAUAGGUGAAUACGGUCGUUCCAGGAUGGCAAGCAUUUUACAAGAAAAUAAACUCGCUUAUAGCAGUUUGUUCCCCACAGAAUGGAAAAACUCGAAAACAAAUGCAGCAGAAGAACGAGAAAACGAGGAUAUGCUCUCAAACAUUUUAGCAUCAGGCGGAAAGAGGGCAUAUAAUGACUUGGUCGAGAAAAUUCAUGAGUUGGAUCGAAAUAACAGAAAGGCCAAGAAAGCGGACGAAAACGUUUUGAACUUAACAUGUUGGAUUUAUGAUGAAGAUAAUUGCACCAAAAAAAAUAAUAACAAAGAAUUGAACGGAGUAUUAGAGUCAGAUCCUGGUUUUCUCAUGGAAAGAGCGAAACAUUACGCUUAUUUGGAUCGGAAGUUCACAAUAUAG